CAUUCAUUGAUUAGACUUUGAAUUUGACUGGUUGUUUCUUUUCCUUAUCAUUCGAAAUCAAAAUCAUGAUGAAUGUUUUUCGUUCGACACCAUCGAAACCUGUACGACCAAAAGAAUUAUCUGGUUCUUCAAGUAGCGGUGGUGGCCCUAAAACAGCAACAAAUUUUCAAUCAUUAAUGGCUGGUUGGGAAAAUAAUACCUCUAUAGGAAAAGGUAUUCAAUCAUCGACAACAGUAUCAUAUCCGGUUGUAGCGAAAAAUAUUGUUGAUGAUUCGCAUCAACAAUCAUCGGUUGCAUCCAAUACACUCAUUACGAUAACAACGACACAUAAUGGACAAAAAUCUGUACCGAAUUCGCCAAUGAUUGAUUCAAUUCCUACAAGGCCAAAUUCAAUAUUUUCCACUUCACAUUAUCGUUCAUCAUCAAAUCUUUAUUCACCGCCUCCGUCGACAUCAUCGGUAACUAAUCAACCGAUGUCCUACACAUUUUCCACUUAUCAACCAUCAACAUCAUCAUCUAUUAGUGUUCGUAAUGCAUCACUUCGUGAACAAUUUAUGACCAACGGAAAUGUUACCUCGAUACAGGCGACAACACCUACAUCAAGCUAUAAUUAUUUAAGUGUACCGAGUGGACAGUAUCGACCAUAUUCGCAGCAACUAAAUGAUCAUGAUCAUCAACAACCAAUCAUUACACAACAUCAUGAAGAUGAUUCAUCACGGAUGGCAACGACGCCUUCGUAUGGAGGUGGCUAUCGUUUUGCCGGUGUUGAACGUUUAGCACAGCGUGGUAAUGUUUACGGAACAUCGAUAAUGAAUCCUUCAUCGAGUUUGUCACGGGGAAAAAGUCGUCAUGAUUUAUGUGAUGAUGAGGUUAAUAAUUUGAGUAAAAAUGAUGCCCUCAAUUCAAAACGUGAAUAUUAUUUUCGCGAUUCUUCAUCACCAACAUCGACGAUAAGUAACGGAACCAAGGAUUAUACACGUGAUCGGCUAGAAUCAAUGGGAUUCUCAAGCCGAAAUACUGAUGACUUGAAGUCAUCAGGUCUUACCAAAGAUGGCGAACAUUUUGUUGGAUUUUCACAUCUUCCGAAUCAGAUACAUCGAAAAACAAUCAAAAAAGGAUUCGAAUUUACAUUGAUGGUUGUUGGUGAAUCUGGUCUAGGCAAAUCAACAUUGGUAAAUUCAAUGUUUUUGACCGAUAUUUAUUCACCAGAAUAUCCUGGUCCAUCAAAACGUGCUGCAAAAACUGUUGAAGUGGAACAGACUCGUGUAUCGUUGAAAGAAAAAUCAGUUAAUCUUUACCUAAGCAUUGUGGAUACACCUGGAUAUGGAACAGCUGUGGAUAACACUAAUUGUUGGCAACCGAUUGUCAAUUUUAUCGAAUCACGAUAUGAAGAAUAUCUGAAUGCAGAAACACGUGUUCAUCGAACUCAUAUCCAGGAUAGUCGAGUUCAUUGUUGCCUCUAUUUUAUUGCCCCAUCGGGACAUUCAUUGAAACCGAUCGAUAUACAAUUCAUGUUACAUCUUCAUGAUAAAGUCAACAUUAUACCUGUCAUUGCUAAAGCUGAUGCAUUCACACCUGAAGAAUUGUCAGCAUUCAAGAAAAAUAUAAUGAAUGAAAUCAACCAGAAUAAGAUAAAAAUUUAUGACUUUCCCGAUCCUGAAGAUGAAGAAGAAAGUAAAUUAUUGAAAUCAUUUAAAAGCCGUGUUCCAUUUGCAGUGGUUGGAAGUAACUAUGUUCUUGAGGUGGCUGGUGAACGAAAACGUGGCCGUAAAUAUCCUUGGGGAUUGGUUGAAAUCGAAAGUUUGGAACAUUGCGAUUUUCAUGCAUUACGUAAUUUAUUGAUUCGACAUUAUAUGUUGGAUUUGAUUGAAACGACCAAUAAUGUUCAUUAUGAAAAUUAUCGUUGCCGUAAAUUGACUGGUAUUUCACCAGAAAUGGCACUUAAAGGAAAAGAUAACAAUGUUUGCGAUCAUGGCAAUAACAGAAAUUCAAAAUCUACAAUGGUGUUCUGGAAUCCAUUAGCACAAAUGGAAGAGGAAAAGAAAGAACAUGAUGUAAAAAUGAAACGAAUGGAAAUCGAAAUGGAACAAGUUUUCGAACAAAAAGUCAAAGAAAAAUUGCAUAAACUUAAAGAAACGGAAGAAGAGUAUAUGAGACGACAUGAAGAGAUGGCUAAAAAAUUGGAACAACAACGUCAAGAAGUAGACGAAAGAAGGGCUGCAUUUGAAAAAGAAAAAGCAGCAUUCGAAUUAGUAUCGAAAGAUAUGGAAGAAAUUCGUCGUGUCAAUACAUUGGAUCUAAAUAUGAAAGAUCUUCAAUUGGAUGGAUCAAAAAAUAAGGAAAAGAAAAAGAAAGGACUUUUUUGACAUACCAAACAUUUUUUUAUGAAAAAAAGUUGACAUCAUAAUCACACAAUUGUCCAGAUUGACAUUUAUCAUCGUCAUUAAAUGAUUCAAUUCUUCAUUCAGAUUGUCAUCAAUGAAUGCAAUGCUCAACAACAUCUCAUUUUAUAAUUACUAUACAUUUUCCAACUAUUUUUUUUUUUCUUUCUACUAUUUUUUUUUCUUUAUUCAUCGUAAAAAUGAAAUGAUUUUUAAUAGACUCUUCAAAUUGAAAUCAACCAAACAAAACAUUCAAUGUGGACCAAUUAAUCACAAUAUAGUGGAUGUAAAACAAUUCUGAAAUUACUUGGAAAAAAAAUUCAAACCACUCUUUUCGUUUUUGUUGCUUUGAUUUAUUCAUUCAUUAAUUUGUGAAUCUUUUAAGCAAACAACAUAAUUAUUAAAAAUAUGGAUAUUUAAACAAAA